AUGACAACUGCAACAAAUCAACUUCUCCCACUUGAAUUGAUCGACAAAUGUAUUGGCUCUAAAAUUUGGGUCAUUAUGAAGAGUGAAAGAGAAUUCACAGGAACUCUGUUGGGCUUUGACGAUUAUGUCAAUAUGGUGUUGGAAGAUGUUACAGAAUAUGAAAAUACGCCAGAGGGCCGUAAAACCACAAAACUUGACAAGAUCCUACUGAACGGGAACAAUAUAACUAUGCUUAUACCCGGUGGUGAAGGACCGGAAAAUAAGAAACAAAUGAAGCAAAAACUUCAUGUUCGAUAUACUGAGUUUCAGGCUAUCGUUCUGUGUGGUUAUGGUAACAGACUUUAUCCACUUACUGAGGAUAACAAUAUACCUAAGGCUUUGCUUCCUUUAGCCAAUAAACCAAUGUUACACUAUGUUUUGGACUGGUUAGAAAGAGCUGGAAUUACCGAUGUAAUAAUUAUUUCGGAAUCAAGCGGGGAACAUAAAAUUGGACAUUAUAUUAAAGUUGUCUAUGAAGGAAAAUUGAAACCAAUUUUAGAAGUGGUUAAAGAAGAUGUAGGGACUGCUGAUGCGUUGAGAACGAUUAAAGAUAAAAUUAAGAAUGAUUUCGUCGUGAUUAGUUGCGAUUUGAUUCUUGAUUUACCUCCUCACCAAUUCUUGGAUCUUCAUCGUACUCGAGAUCCUACUUUUACAGCACUUUAUUAUGAACCAAAUAAAUCAGAGGGUAGUGGAGGAAGUGGUAAUAAUUAUAAGGACGAUAAAUCUAAACAAUUUGUUGGAGUUGAUAUUAAUCAAUCACGUCUAAUUUAUGUCGCGUCUGAAGUUGAUUUAGACCAAGAAUUUUCCUUGCGUAUGUCACUAUUGUGGAAGUUUCCGCGUGUAAAUAUUCAUACUACUUUACAAGAUUCUCACCUUUACAUUUUUAAACGAUGGGUAAUCGAUCUAAUUGCGCAGAAAAAAGCAAUUUCUAGUGUUCGAGAACAUUUAGUCCCGUUACUUGUAAAAUGUCAAUAUCAAAAAAAUUUAUUAGAGAAAGAAGGAAUAGAUAAAUUGGCCAAAUUACAAGAAAAUCACCAGAAAAUUGCUCUUGAAUACUCUGCUACAUGGGAUGAAAAAGAUAAGGAACCAGUUUACUGUCAGGUUUAUAUAUAUAAUACUGGAUUUUGUGGACGUGGAAACACUGUACCAAAAUAUUGUGAUUUGAAUCGCCAUAUGACGAAAGUUAGCACCGAAUCGCGCGUUUCUCCAUCGGCAGAAGUGAAUGCAAAGACUCAAGUUGGUUCAGAUUCACUUGUUGGUAACGAUACUAAAAUUGAUGAGCGAACCUCUAUUAAACGGGCAACUAUCGGUUCACAUUGCAUUAUUGGUAAAAAUGUAAAGAUUUCAAAUUCUAUACUAAUGGAUGAUAUUAUCAUAGAGGAUAAUGUUAGAUUAGACGGAUGUGUUGUUUGUAAUAAUGCUAAAAUAAUGGAAAAGUCCGUGUUGAAAGAUUGUGAAGUUGGUGGUGGUUAUGUAGUAGUAGCAGAAACACAAGCAAAGAACGAACAACUUGUCGAAUUCCGAGAUUUGAGUUAA